CCCAUAACAUUUCACCAGCAAGUAGGGCUGUGACAGUCUGCUGACAACAGAGUGAAAGGGAAAUACAUGUAAUCUAGCCUCGGAAGCCAUAUAAUCUGCUGUGAAAAAACAGAAAAAAUGGGAAAAGGAAAGAGCGACAAUCCCAAAGUUGGGAAAAGAAAAGAAAAUGCCAACAUGCAACUGAAAAGAAAUAUCGGUUAUUUUGAUGGGGUAAGUUUUAUUAUAGGAUCAAUUGUCGGGGCAGGGAUCUUUGUGUCUCCCACGGGGGUGUUAAAGCAUUCCUUACUCAACGUUGGCAUCGCACUAACGAUCUGGACCGCGUCUGGACUGGUUUCUCUGAUGGGUUCCCUCUGCUAUGCGGAGCUGGGAACCGCUCUGCCUUUCUCUGGAGGAGAAUACAGCCACAUUAAAAGAGGCCUUGGAUCCCUACCUGCCUUCGUCUUUAUCUGGACAUCAACAUUUACCAAGCCAGCAUCAAAUGCUGCUCGAGCCUUGCUGUUUGCUGAAUACGCCACCCAGCCCUUCUAUGGCAUUUGCCCUGCCCCAGAAACGCUGAAGAAAUGCUUGGCCUUGGCUGUUCUCUGGUCCCUGGGGAUUUUGAAUGGCCGCAGUGUCAAAAUGUCUGCCUGGGUGCAGACAGUUUUCACCCUGCUGAAGAUGAUAGCCUUGUCUGUCAUCGCUGUCGGAGGCAUAGUUCUCCUUGUUGGCAGGAGAAAGGAGAGUCUGGCCAGGUUUGAAGACGCGUUCAGCUCAGAGAUCCCCAAUGCAUCACAGGUUGCCGAAGCCUUCUUCCAAGGACUGUACGCGUAUGGUGGUUGGUGGUCCCUCAAUUAUAUGGCAGAGGAGAUGAAAAACCCUAGCAGAAAUAUCCCCUUAACUGUGAUGACUGCUGUUCCGGCAGUGAUUGUUUUUUACUUACUGGUGAACAUCUCGUAUCUGACUGUCCUCACACCUAAGGAAAUUGUCUCUUCAGUUGCUGUGGCAGUCACUUGGGCUGAUCGAGUGAUCCCCUCUGUUGCCUGGAUCGUUCCUCUCUCUGUCGCUGUCUCAAUAUUCGGCGCCCUCAACAGCAGCAUGUUCACUCUGGGUCGAUUAAGCUACGCUGGAAGUCAGUCAGGACAUUUACCUGUUUUAAUAUCCAUGCUUAAUGUCCACACCUGUACUCCAGCGCCAGCCAUGAUUUUUUCAACCACCAUUGCAUCCAUUUUUAUAAUCCCCUCUGACCUUAUUACGUUAACAAAUUACUUUGGAUUUUCUGCCUGGCUUAUGAUUGGAUUGACUUGUGCAAGCCUGAUCGUACUUCGGUACCGGGAACCUCAUCUACAUCGACCAUACAAAGUCUUUCUGCCAGUUCCAUUUGUGAUGGUGGCAAUGUCUGUCUUCCUAGUUUUAGCUCCCAUAGUCUGGUCUCCGAACCUGCAAUAUGUCUAUGCUUUCCUGUUUAUGCUGGGAAGUCUUAUUGUUUAUCUGCCUUUUAUACAUUUUAAAUUGCGUUUUGCCUUUCUUGAUAAAAUUACUUGCCACUUACAGCUCCUGCUGGAAGUCUGUCCUGCUGAUGGAUCUGCUGAGGGCAAAUGUGAAUAAUGGCAAAUGUUUAAUCCCAGUACAACCAGCAGCCAACAGAGGAUUUUGUUUAACUGAGAUGGUAGAAGGUACAGGUUAGAUGUUAGAUGUAAUAUAUAGGCGCGCAUGCUUGUGCAUGCAUGUGUGUGUAUGUAUACACAUAUAUAGAUGAAUAUACAUCUAUUGCAUACAUAUAUACAUGUAUAUACAUAUAUGUGUAUAUAUAUGCACGUAUAUGUAGAUGUACAUGCACAUAUAUGUAUAUCUACAUAUAUGCAUAUGUAUGUACAGACAUAGCACAAUGAGUUAAUAUGUAUAUAUUUUCGUGUGUCUGUGUGUAUACAUACACAUAUCUAGAUGUACACGUAUACUUAAUAGGCGCAAAGAAUCUCUCUUAAACUGGUAAAUCUGUAGAAUGCUCGCGCUUGCUCCUGACGACACAGUUAAAGUUGCAUAUAUUGCAAUAAUAGAAAUAAUGCUAAAUUACAGCACAAAGAAUUAUCAAUAUUAUCAUAUAAUAAAUGACUAAAUACAUACUUAACAGGAUCACUGCCCAGAGAAGUUGUGGAUGCCCCAUCCCUGGAAGUGUUCAAGGCCAGGCUGGAUGGGGCUUUGAGCAACCUGGUCUAGUGGGAGGUGUCCCUGCCCAUGGCAGGGGGGUUGGAACUAGAUGGUCUUUAAGGUCCCUUCCAGCCCAAACCAUUCUAUGAUUCUAUGAUCAUUAUAUAAAUAUGCUUUUGGUCUCCAAACUAAAUUGUCUGGAUUAUUUUUAGUUUAUAGUAGUUUGUUUAUUAGAACUCCUGGCUUUAAAGGCUUUAUACUUUUCUUCAUCUGCUACCUCUUUUGUCUGAAUUUAUUUUUAAUAAAAACCUUUGAAGAACGUCAUAAAAUUGACUGAGAACUUUUUUAAUCCCCCAAAAACUGUAUAUGGUGCAUCUUAGCUAUUUUAGUACAACACAUACAAAUUCAGGGUGAAACCUUAUGAAGCAUCAAAUAGGGCAGUAAUAAUUAUUUAUCCUCUUCAUCACAGCAAUAAAACUAAAGAUAUGUGGAUUACUCUACUAAAUUUUUUACAUUUUAGCAUUAAUAUUACAUUAUUCUUUGGUUUCUUUUUGGUGUUAUUGAUAAAUGAGAGCUCCCUCCGCCCUAUUUUUAUUUUGUUCAUGGAAGCAAGAGAAAUUCUUUUUUAUUUUGGUAAUUGGGCCAUAUUAAUUUCACUGAGUAUUUAAACUUACAAACAAAGAACAUCACACAAAAACCACAAGAACCAUCACAUACUUAGGUGAUUAAUCUAUUAAUAUAUGCCGUUAUUUUUAUAAUGACAAUAAAAUUGCAUGUGUAAAGUAAUUUUUCAAAUCUAUCUAUUAAAGCUGAGCAAUACAACCAGUAGAUGGCUCCAGACUAACAUCUCUCUUACACCGUGAUAUUCUGGGUUGCUGGAUGUUGUAUUAGUGAGAGAAAUAGUUCUACAGAGCACUGUAUUAUAACACAGUAGAAUGAAAAAAAUCUUGCUAGACGAUUCAAUUCUCUGAUAUGUCAAAAGUGUAGAGGUCAGAAUAAUAGAUAAAGACUUUAUACAUAGCUACCGAAAGUAUAGAGUACCCGUCAAUAAUGCUGGGAGCCAGUUUUGACUUUGUGCUGGAACAAGCCCCCAAAGGAAAACAAGUACAUGAAGAAAGUGUCCUUUCUCACAGCUACUGAUGUACACAGAAUUAAAAUUUGAAGUAAAAUUAGGUCUUUUAAAAUGCUGUCAGGAGAAAAGUCCACGCAAGUAAGGAGUGAAGUGAGUACAGCUGAGCUGGAGACUCGGUCCUGCUGAAAGCGAGGCGGGAAUCAAUGUUUGAUUUCACCCAAUAAUGCUAUUGGAAAAACAUUGCUCUUGCUAUUUAAAUUCAAAAAAAUCAAAAGACUCAAUAAAAUUUUAUGGGAGUAAUAUUUUAAGAAGUGAAUUUUAGGCAGAGUAUUAAAAGAAAGGGAGAAUUUUACUGUGACAAAAGCACCAAGCAGGGGUUUGUAAAUGCAGGUGUUGUGCCUGGCAGUGCCACAGAUUUUCAACUGACCUUGAUCAAGUCAUUAUUUAAAGCUAUGUUUUAAUAUGUAAGUAAAAAUGGAAGUCAUAAGGAAAAAAAAAAUGUGUAUGGGACAGUAAUACUGUGUUGUGGACCACAUGGUUAGAAAAAGCAGAUACAGUGGGGACGUUGCUCAAUUGGAUGUGUAAUUUCUUGACAGUAGAUGUACUUGAGCUUGUUUAUACACUUGAAUUCCAUAAGGAGUUGGGUACCUGGUGAAUAAAUAUGUCAGGGUAUGUUUCGGUAAUUGGACCAUGUAUCUGAUAAUGAUACACACUUUGAAUUUAGAGGUUUAACAGUUUCGGCGACUUAGGCAACUCAAAAGUCCCAAUGAAACGUAAUAUGAAAUAAAUUGCAUCUAUGUAUCUUUUUUUAUAAUUCAAAGUAGAUAGAUUUUCUUCUAACAAAAAUCUAGGACAUGGCACAUAAACAGGCAAGUAUAUACCCCACAGUUUCAAUGGUUAUUGCCAAAGGAUCAGCAAAGGCGAGAACAGUUAGAACAGGUCAGAAUAAAAACUGCCUGUGCAAACUUAACCUGCCCCCUCUGUGAAAGCACCUUACAGUGGCCUUUGACUAUCAGAUCAUAAACUGUUCUUUCAAUACACCCUUAUCUCAUUUAUUGGACAGAAUGGAUGGUGCCCAAAUAAUUCACUAUUAUUUUCUUCCCAUUUCAACAUGUGACCUUGCACUGUGUUUGUCACUCUCUGCUCAGAUGCUGUUUUUGGUAGACGUUAUUAAUUUCUUACAGACUUUUCCAGAGUGUUCCUCAUGCCAGCAUCUGAGCACUUCACCGACUAAUUUGUCUUUACUCUCAUGAGCUGCAUCAGUGGUAGCAUCUUUGCUUAAUUUCCCAGUUCAGGGAACAUCACAAAAUGCAUUUAUUAUGCAACCUACACAGUGAUGUUCCCUGUAAUCCUUCAAUUCAGAUCGAGCACACCAGCGGAGAGCCAUUGAUGGAGAUUCAGGUCCAGCUAUGGAUGUUCUUUUUCUUAGGAAGCAGGGCAAAGAGCCGGACAAUUGGUGAAUAUACGCCUUGUAUGGAUAUUCAGGCACUAUAUACAGAUUUCAGUUCUUCCGCAUCUUUUAGAUGGAAACAAAGGAAGCAUGCCGAAAUUGUUCACUAACUUUGGAUGCCUAAGCUGAGGUACCUUGGACCUGAUUUUUCAUAGGAAUUAAUAAAUUCCAAGUGCCUGUAGUCUCCUGGAAUUAAGUUCCAAUAAUAGUAAAAAAGGAAAGAAGGACAAAUUAUCACAGUCGCUUUGGUUUAGACGAGCAGCAGGUAUCCUAUAACCCAGCUUCUGACUAACUGUGGGCAGCUGCAAUUCCUUUAAGACAUACAGUCUAUGAAAUGUUAAAUUACAGCUAUGAGAGUUUAAAAUUACACCAAAUCAAGCCGGGGAUUUAAGAUGGGGUACAGAAAAUGAGGAAAACAGAUUUAAUGACAUUUUAAAAAAUCGUGGUUUAAAUGAUUCCAGUAUGACCCUGGAAUUUUAUAGGGAAAGAAAAGUUUGAAUUCUUCUGGGCAAUAUUCAAAUUCCUUAAUCCAGCAACCCUUCUGCAAGUGCCACCUUGUUCACUACAUCAAAUUCCAUUACUACAGCAAAUAAGGGAUUGGCUACCUCAGUUUAGCGUCUUCUUCAACACAAACUGUCAAUUUAUUCCCAGAUCUGAGUGAGACAGAGGUCCUCUGAAAAAUAAGGCUCUCAUUAAAUGACCCACUGUUUGGAAAGGGACUCACACAGCUGAGCUGAAUUAGCAUUAUAAAAGCAAUCUCAGAGAUGGUAUUGCCUAACUGCUGAAUACAUAAUAAUCAAAUAUAUGAUAUAUAUUAUAUAUAUAAUAGAUAAUAGCAGAAUAUAUGUAACUUCUCUUAAUGCAGCCUUUCUUUUGCCUUGAGUGUUUUAGAAUGCUAAAUCACAAAGACGCAAAUACAGUAUUCAAUUUAUAUAGAUUUCUCAUUGUUGCUGGAUCAUUCCACAUUUCCAAGUGCUAAGCAUAAAGGAACAGAAUUCAAAUUUAUAACUCGUAUUAGCUACUCUGGCCAAGAGCAAUUCAAUAUUUUAACAUUAUAGCUUGUUUUCAGUGACACUAGUUGGUCUCAGCUGCCUUCCUACUUGAACAUAUCUCAGAAAAUGCUAUAUAGGAGUGUGACUGUUUUAGUACUAGACUGUAUCAGACAUCUAUUUAAAUUUUUAAUUUAUUUUUUUGCCUUUGACUUCAUAAUUCUUUUAAGCUCGUGCAUACUUGCAUGUUUCAGAAGUCCAACCUUACAACAAAUAAACUUAAAAUGUGGAUAUUUGGUUUUUAAUACUGUACUGGCUCAGUUUGGCAUGUAAAUUCCCAAGCUGUUUUUCUCGGCUCUUAACACAGUAUUUGUUUGUAUGUCUGCAUUAAUUAUUUUUUUCCCCCAUUAUCUCCAUAAAAAGACAAUGUAGAAGUCCAAAUGAUAAUCAGUCUUAUUUUAAAAAUUACUUGUGGUUAUAUGUCAUGCUAACUCCAUGUGUGCUGAUUGCUUUACAAAAAAAAUCCACUCUGAGG